AUGCACAGCAACAACCAUAUACCGAACUCACCCUUAUUCCCAUCACUGCAACUAAGUACGAGCACCAACAAUAGAGAUCAGCAACCGCAACAGCAACAGCAGCAACACCGCCAUCUGUCAUCAUCAUUCCCACACCAUCAGGUAUUUUUACCAACACUACCUGAUAAACCAACAACUGCCACUUCAUCUUUAGCUGCAUACAUAAUCCCGUCAGAACCAGUAUUAUUUGUCCAGGGGUUUGAACCUCAUGAAUAUGAAUCACGUCCACCUACUCUUUUACGAGGUUCCCUCUACAUACGAGUGUUUAAACCAACAAAAAUUAAAUCAAUUGCCCUAAGUUUCAAAGGAAUACAACGUACUGAUUGGCCAGAAGGGAUACCACCGAAAAAGAAUGUUUAUAAUGAAAAUAAUGACGUUAUAAAUCACACAUGGCCAUUUUUCCAAGCAUCACCCACGUCAGGACCUAUACCUAACAAUGGAGCUGAUAUUUUCAUAGAAAAGAAUGGAGAAACACACCAUAGCUCUUCUCCAGGAGACGAUCUUAGUGCUGUGAGAUCUAAUACACCACCACCACUACUGCAUAGAUCCUCCACAGGGGGUUCUUCGAUUGCAUCAUCUUCGCAUCAUCAUAGUGACAAUUUCUUCACGAGGAAUUUGUCACCUAGCUUUAUUAGAAGAUCGAAAUCACCAGCUCCUAGUGAUUCUUCAAAUGCAUUUUCUGAUUUAACUUCAAUUGUUUCUCCUUCAAACAAUGAUCCAAAUUCGGCUAUGCUUUUUGCACCUGGUGACUACCUUUACAAUUUUGAACAUCCAUUACCGCCAUCUAUUCCUGAAUCAUGUAAUGUUACUUUUGGAUCUACAAGUUACAAUUUGGAGGUGUCUAUACAAAGACCUGGUGCUUUUAAAUCUAACUUGUCUGGUAGAUUACCCAUAUCCAUAGUCCGUACUCCAUCUGAACUCAAUAUGGAAGAAAAUGAGUCCAUUGUUAUAUCUCGAGAUUGGGAAGAUCAAAUCAAAUAUGAUAUCGUUAUUGGGGCAAAAUCGGUUGUCCUUGAUUCAUAUUUGCCAUUAGCUUUCAGAUUUGUUCCAUUAUUUGGUAAAGUUGCAUUACAUCGAAUUAGAAUCUACCUAACUGAAAAUUUGGAAUAUUAUUGUUGUAACAAAAAAGUCCAUCGAAUGGAACCAGUUAAAAAAUUUCUUUUGUUGGAACACAAGGCAAGAAAAGGUCGAUCCUUGUUACAGAAAAACCCUCAAGAUGAAUCAACUGUGGGGUUGGAUGAAUAUGAUGAAGAUGUAUUACCAAAGGAGUUGGAAUUUCAAUUAUUUGUCCCCAAGAAUGUCAUUGGUCGAUUAAAUUCUCAAAUUCAUCCUGAUACUUCGUAUGAAAAUAUUCAAGCACAUCAUUGGAUUAAAAUAUGUUUGAGAAUAAGUAAAACGGAUCCAGAAAAUAGUGGCAAAAGAAAGCAUUAUGAAAUCUCAAUUGAUUCUCCUAUACAUGUCUUGUCACCAUUAGCUGCUCAUAACAAUACUUUACUUCCUGCUUAUGACGACUUGGUUGAUACACCGCCACAGCCACAAAUCACAUCCAUCGGAUCACCUUCACAAAAUCCUUUAUCUCCUGGAGUCAUCCCUGUUGAUGGUAACAAUUCUCGGCCUAUUGAAUUUCAUCACAUUUCAACUGAUAUGGAUGUUGGCGCCACCGAACGAGAUGCAGACAUGCAUUUAGAAGCAAAUUUGUAUAAGCCUAAGGAUGAUCUGACUAUAACUGCAAUCAAUUCCCCACAAGCUAAACCACAUCCGGAUACAUUCACAUCUCCCUUAAUAUCACCAGUACAACGUCCUAUACAUUUAAUUAGAAAACCUUCAACAGCACCACCACCGUUUGAAGAAAGUUCUAAACUGCCACCAGUAAUGUCUUUGCACCCUCCUGCAUAUGGUGAUAUACCACAUCGUGGUGGAAGCACUAGUAGUAACGGUAGUGGUAGUAGAGGUCCAACUGUUGAUGGACGUGGACGCGGUGAAGGAUCAUUAAGUUUGAGUCCAUUGAGAAUUGAUGAUGAGGUUGGACAACAAUUUGUCAAUCCAUUGACAACAACAACAAGUGCUGCUAGCGGUGCUUUGUCGGUGGAAAAUUCAACAGGUUUACAAGUGAAUACGGUUACGCCAGUAAGAGAUUUAUUGAUUCAGCAAUUACAGGGUCAUGGUGCGUCGCAUGAUGCAUCUCCGAUUGAAACACAAGGAGAAAAUGCGAGAGUUGAAGUUAAUGAUCUGAGACCUGAUGUUGCAGUACCAGAAAUAUCAAUCAAUGGUGCAAAUGUAAGCUCUGAUGAUGGAACGAAUAAAGUUAUUGCUGGUGAAGGAAGUAAGCCAACUAGUGUUGGUAAUUACCUUUCUACAGGAUCUCACAAUGGCAGUAGGACCCAUCUUUCCCUUGAAAACGCAGUUAUUGAUGACGAUGAAGAAGGAGAUUUAGCUGAUGACCCCCAUUCACCAAUAUCACCCAGAUUAGCACCAAUUUCAUUUACUCACAGGAGGAAUAAUAGUAGAGGUAAUGAGGAUGUACCAGCAAUUGACAAUGCUGUGUCCUCCACUUCACCAACUAAGCAACGCAAUAUUCCCACUGCAUCAUCACUGCCUCUUCAUCAACCACGUGUGCCACAAGAUUCAAGAUCUUCUCGAUCAUCAUCUAUUUCCACUACCAAUUCAUUUGAAUUGCCCAUUGAUCAAACAUUGCCAUUGCUUAAUAUGUCAACUAGUUCAAUCCAUCCGGCAACAACUACAGCCGACACAAACACCAACGCCAAUACGAAUACAAAUACAAAUACAGGUACUACGCAACCUCAAGAUCCGUACCUUCAUGAUGAACGCAAUCUUUCCAUAACGUCAUCAAUUUAUGAUUUAUCUCAACGUCGUCCAAGUCAACCAUUCACUGGAAUGAAACCGAUGGGGAUUAUUAGUGACUACAUAUCAGCCCAUGAUGAUGAUUUUUACAAAUUAAACAGUUUACAUCAUUUGAGGAAUCCAAGAAUUAAAAAACAUUAUCAAGAUACCGAAAAUGUUGAUGAAAAUGGCAUUGGAGCAGGAGAUUUAGGUAACCCCACCACAACAACUAGAUCCAACAAUGUUAGUGGUAUUUCUCAUAAUGAUGCGAUUUAUAAAACUAGACAAAAGAGUUUUGGUGUUGUCGGUACUAAUGAAGACGAAUAUGAAGUUGAAGAAGGAUCCAGUUUGAGUUCAAAUGAAGUACAACGACAGGGUCAUGAGCAAAGGGGAGCCAAGAGUACCGAAGGUAGUGAUGAUGUACAGGAUUUUCCACCAGGGUUGAAAGUAGGGUUUGUGAUGAAUAAUUGA